AUGAUCCGUGGAACUGACUAUCACAUCAGCUUCUCGGCCAGAGGACUACCUACAGAGACGCGCAAAGUACCUUUUGAAAAGAUCACUAAGCAUAUGAGGAUUUGGAGUAAAUGGGUUAAGGCCGACUCUGCCGAUCGACAGAAAGAUUACAAUAACAAGUUCGGCCGUUAUCUGAAGGCCAAACUGAAGUGA